AUUGUCUACUUGUGUACCUUAUGUAUACCUGCACUGCUCAAUGGGCUUUGAAUAUUGGAAUUAUCAAUAUGGAUAGUAUAAUUUUUCAACAAGCAGCUUCCGAGCCCAGUAGCUCAGUCAAAAAGUGGAUCUUUGACGAAAGUACCCACUGGCGCGAGGAACUUGUACUAGGCCCUAGCGCCAAGUCCGAUCGACUCUCAUUAUUGUCUUCUCGUGUAACGAUCUGUUUGUACCUCACGCAAGCUACCAGAUGCUAUGCACUUGUACCUAAUAAUCACUCCACCUUCACAUCGUAACAUUUGGUUUGUUCGCUACUAGGCAAGGCACUCUGUUCGACUCAACUUCGAGGCAAUAUAAAUUCCCAGGUGAGAUUCAAAAGCUUCUUUCUGCCCCCCAAAAUUCCACCUAAUUAUCCCCAGAGGUGGGCCCAAAAAGGCGCGUUUCUUCUCCGGCGCCUCGGCCGCCCCGCGCCGUGUUGCAUUAGACGGCCGAAGGAUGCGGGCCUCAGGAUGCGGGCCUCUAACCACCGGUCGUCCGCCCUGUUCGUCUGGGUCCGAUCGCGACUGCCACUCAAUCUAACUACAGAGAGCGAUUCAUCUCUGGAUCCAAACCACAUAAUACCCUAACACCGAUACCAACCUACAGCCUCAAACUCACAGCUAAUUCCUGAUAUCAAAACCCAACAGCAAUCUACCCCUCAAGAUGGCAGAAGCGAACCCCGCCACACGGGAGAAAUUGGACGCCCAGAUCAAGGCGGCCGACAUGAAUGAUGAUCUAGCAAUGGAGAUCAUUGACGUCGCCCAAGAGGCGAUGUCCAGGCUCACUAUCGAGAAGGACAUUGCGGAGCAUGUGAAGAAGACCUUCGACGAGAGGAAGGGCCCCACAUGGCACUGCAUCGUCGGUCGGAACUUUGGCAGCUUUGUCACCCACGAGUCCAAGCACUUUCUAUACUUCUACCUUGGCCACUGUGCUUUCCUCGUCUUUAAGACGCAGUAGUCUGGGCCUUAUUGAGGAGAAUAUAGGUCGAGACCAUGGCGGUUCAGCAUGAUUUGAUAUGCAAACCUGUUGUUCUAUAUACCCUGGAACAAACGUACGACAGCAGUGUUUGCAGCUUAGGGCAGAGAAUGAAAGAAGUAAAGGAACAUUCAACUACAGAGUUCCAUGUCACCGUCGGAACAAUGUAAACCUUUCGCCCGCUAAUGUCAUUUGAGAAACAAGGACUGGAAUGCGGGGCACAGGAUCAAAAAUAAUUUCUCUAUAAUUUACGUCUCUAACUCGAUCGUCACUGUUUGUAGACGCGGAUCACAUACAGAAAGUCUGAGGAAGAUCUGUGC